GUAGAGUUUAAUAUCUAUAUUUGUUAAACUGACCAUAUCAAGCAAUAUGGCAGGCCAGUCUGAGAGCGGCAGACAUCUUAAAUUCCUGGCCCGAUGCAGAAGUAGGUCGAGUGCUGCGAGAUUAUGGCGAAGAAAGCAACUGGCGUCUCCUGCAGAAUAAGAUAGUUCUAGCCCGUCUAAAGGGUGGUAUACAUUCCACCACAGAGCUGAUUGAUCUCAUUCGUAGCAUGACUCAUGGGGCAAGGGGUAAUGCCACUUCAACUCUGUUAACAAAUGUGGCUUAACAAUUGUUCAGAAAGAUUUGAGUUGUGAGAAUCCAUUUAAGUUGGUUUCAACAUGCUGGCAGGAGGGAGGCAAGGCUGGAUAAAGACGGCAACACGGGUGUUUCAGGCACUGAGAAUCGCUGUGAAUGAUGAACUCAGUAUACUGGAGAAAGCCCUCAAGGAUUGCUUUGCUUGCCUUGCACCUGGUGGAAGGUUUGCUGUCAUUUCUUUUCAUAGUUUAGAAGACAGAAUCGUCAAACAAACGUUUCUCAGCAUUAUCGGAACUGGUGAGGUCCCCAAAGAUGAUUGUGCUGGCGAAGCAAAAGAAACAUGGGUCAAACAAAUAGUACGUGGCCCAAAUGGGUCAAUUCUCACAAAGAGGCCUAUAACACCUUCUGAAGAAGAAGAAAGACUUAACCGACGAUGCAGGAGUGCCAAGCUUCGGGUGAUUGAGAAAUCCCGAUGACGCUAAUGGGCCUUUCUGAAGAAUGAUUGUACAUGGCCGUGUGUCCCACUACGUGGCAUCCGCCGUGGCUGGUGGCCUACGUUGUAGCUGAUGUUCUUUGCUUUGUACGUUUGUUAGAUGGUAGUUGCUGUUUAAUUUUGUGGUAUUUCAAGUUUCAAUGUUCCUGGUGCUUGCGUCAAUCUUUGAAAGCUCAAAGCUUGAAAUUUUAUAUGAUUAAAAUAUUUGAGCUCAGCUUAACCUUCUGGAUUGAACAGCUUUGACAAAUCUACCGCGUGACGUGGUGCUCUGUUACGGACAUUGCUUUUUUUGGAUCAUGCAUGUGGCAUGUCUGCUCGAAAACGGUUAUUUCGCUACUCUGGCUUUCUUUACAGGCCUUAGUUCGUGUUCAUAAAAAGAAGGCUCUUCAAUGCUCUCGGAAUUGGUGGAUGUCUUCCGGGACACGUUCUUAUGGCGCUUCACCUUUUCCCCUGCCUUCUUCAGUGAAGGCGGAUCCAACCAGCUUUGCGGAAUGAUGGCGAGUGCACAAGCUGGGUUUUCAAGGAGCAUUGCAAAUUUCACUCUGCCACGCCACUCCACAUCUGGAGGAAGAACGGAGACCACAAUGGUACGUAAACGAACUGCACUUGAGUCGAGGAUAAAGAAAGCACAUUUGACUGCCGUAAGAAAGCACGGACUGAAGCUUCCACCUUCUGAACACGGCUAUCAUUUUAGCGAGUUUUUAAGUCAUCCUGAAGGCGUCGAGUCGGCUUUGAACGUCAAGGUUGCCAAGAGCUUUCACGUGCUUGACGAUUGCACGUACAGAUUGGUCCUCCCGCAGAUUCGACUUCUCAGCUUCGAUGCAUUCCCUGUUAUGGAUUUGCGGACAACCACGACUGCCGAGAACUUCACCGUGGAGAUGCUUUCUUUCAAGUUCCGAGGUGCGGAGGCCCUGGAAAGCGAAAAUGACCAUCUUAUAGGUUUAUUGUGGAGCCGUAUCAUGUGGCAUACCAAGGGUUCGGAGUCAUAUCUCGAGCUUAAGAUGGAAUUAGAUAUGAUAAUGGAGCUCGUGAAACUUCCCUUCUCUUUGCUGCCUCCUGCUGCCGUUGAAAUUCCUGGGAAUAUGAUAGUGCAAGCUGUGGUGGAUAAUCUAACGAAAGAGCUCCUGGAGAAUGUGGCUCAAGACUAUGGCCAGUGGUACAAGCAACAAAAGCUCCAAGAAAGAGCGUGAAAAAAUAUGAACAGCCUUGGAGCUAAAAAAAGGUCAUGGCAUAGAUUUGAGUCUUGAUUGAUUCAACAGGAAUGGGGAUUUCGCUGUCCCUGCAAACGUUACAUUAGUGAAUCAAUUAUGUUAAGUGUUUGUGGGGUUGUGUCACUAUUAUUAUGCAUCAAAGUUUAUUGGACAGAGAAUUCCGUUUUCCUACUUAUUUUAGCGCCUGUUUACUUUCAUUUCUGUUUCCUGUUUUCUAUUUCUGUUUCCUGUUUUUUAGAAAACAGAUGUUGAAAACAGGUGAAAACAACAUUUUGUUGUUUCUGAAAACAGCAGGAAGUUGCCACUUUCUGUUUUCAUAGUUGGAAACGAAUAGAAAACAGAAUGAAAAAUAAACAAGUUUUCUCAUUUCGGUUGUCAAAUUUAUCACAUGAAAACAGAAAACGAAAAUAGAAGUGAACAGGCCCUAAGUGAUAAUCCAAGCAACUUCUCUCCGCCUGCAACUAAUCAAUUACUGAUGCAUGCUCUUACUCAUUUUCCCUAAAAGAAAAAGACACUAUCUCGCCGAUGAUUAUCGACAGAGGAUAAGGUGGUGUUGAUGGUUGUGUAACUUGUGUUUGCUUCUUUCUAUAAUCCAACUAGCUUCUCAGCAUGGAUUAAAACACUAUCGUUUAAUCCUCACUCUUCACUCUUGCCUACAAUUACAUCCAAUUAACUCGCUUCCUUAACUUCUGUAAUUGGACAUUUAAGGACAAUCUGUUACCAUCAACUAAUCAAGUGAGUAAGCUUCUCUUAGUACUUGAUGAAAGUUUAUAGAUCUAAUAACGAAAGUAGGUGAAGAUAAUUUUAUCAAGUGUUGGAGAUAUCUUUGUGUACCACCUUAUAAUCAAUAAAGAGGUAGAGUUCUCCGAUUCAAUCUUGUUUGGGUUGAUGGCAUACAUGGUUAGAAGAGAAGAUCGAAUAUAUAUCGGCGAGAGAUUUGAUAGAAACCUACGGUUUCUAUUAUGGUAUUAUCAUUAUUACAGUUAUUAUUAAAAUAAUAUUUAGAUAUGGUUAGUAGUCUUUGAGUCAUAUUAGGAUAGUCUAUUAGGUUUUUCCCGUCUUUCGCUAUAAAAUUGUACGUGAAGUCUUUUGUUCGAUUAAGCAGAAAAUAAUAAGAAAGAUUAUCUCCCCAAAUCCCUGAACCCCUCCUCUCUUCCUAAUCGGCCGCCGGUCAUUCUUUCUUCCUCUUCCUCUCACGUUCUUCCCCAAAUCCCUAUUCUAAUCCUCAAUUCUAUCUAAAUCCCUAUCAAUUCUCAAUCUCUUCAAUCCAAUCGUCAGAACCCUAGAAACAGGUUUCUAUCAAGAUUGUAAACCCUAAUUACAUGACAACGGUUCAAAUACAUAAUGCUACCCAUAUUUUGUCAAGAACCAGUUGCUCCCAAUAACUCGAGUUGUUGGGAGAAGGUUCUGCUGGAUCUUAUACCACUCUCUAACACGCUCCCUCAAACGAAAGCCAACUCAUGGGCUUGAAGUUUGCACAGGCUCACCAUACCUUGUGCUUUAAUCAACUGUUAAUAUUGGGGGUCGUGGAGAUUCGAACACACGAUCACUUGGCCAAACCAGCUCUGAUACCAUGUCAAGAACCAGUUGUUCCCAAUAACUCGAGUUGUUGGGAGAAAGUUCUGCUGGAUCUUAUACCACUCUCUAACAUAUUUUAACAAAUACCCUUGAUUAUC